AACUGUAUAUAAAUGGACAAGAUAUCCAAGAACCAGAACAUUGAGAAGAAAGAGAAGAGCGAAGAGAGAAGAGAGAGGAGAAAAAAAAUUAAAGAAGAAGUUAGAGUUUCCAUUUUUGUUGGGAAAUGGAUACAUCAAGCGGCAGCAGUUCGCCAUUGGCCGUCAUCGGCGCACAAUUCUGUGCCUCCCACCCUGUUCAGCUCAACUUUGCGAAGAAGAUCCGCGGUGUGAGGCGUAGAUCCUUCAUUGCAACUGAUCUCUCGACUGGCAACGUCAUCUACGAGGCCAGAGGCCAACGGUUCAGCCGUUUUAGGCACAGGACCACAUUGUUCGAUGUUGCUACCGGAAAUCCCCUUGUUUCAAUUCAAAAGAAGGUACUGAGUCGCCAUGGUCAAUGGCAAGUCUUUAGUGGCGACAGCUUUGACCAGAAAGAUCUGUUAUUUACUGUUGAAAGGACUACGAUGGUUCAGUUUAAGAGCAAAUUGAACGUUUUCUUGGCAUCAAACACUAGCAAGGAUGUUUGUGAUUUCACCAUUGAGGGAAGUUUUUUCAAAAGAUCAUGCAAAGUCUACAAGGGUGAUUCUGAUUCCUCCAUGGUCAUAGCUCAAAUGAACAAGGAAAGCAAUAUCAAAAGGCUAGGCUUUGAGCUGUCUGUUGAACCAAAUAUUGACUCUGCAUUUAUUUUUGCACUGUUUUUGAUCCGUGAUCGUGUCCACGUGGCAAGAAGACGUGCCGUAAUAAACUUGCUCGCAAGUCCUCUCUUUAUUGUAUCUUGGAUCCCUUUUUGAUUGGUUGCCGGAGACGGCAAGGUUAGAUGUUCCCAAGAGUGAUAGAGAAUGCAGAAUCCUCGCCGUUAGAGAGAACUAGAUGUAGGUAGAUAGGGCUUUGUUGAUUCAUUGUAAUUUUUUGUUUUGAAUUCUUCAUCAAAAAAAAAAAAAUUUCUUUGUUUGAAUGCAAUACCAAAAUAGACAUCCAAUAAGAUAUAUACUUUCUCCCUUUUUCUUGAUGUAACAAAUACAUAAUUUGUUAUCCAUGAAAAUUAAGGUCA